AUGCCCUCUCCCUCCCACCGCAACGUCCAAACCCGCCCCACUAGGCCUUCUAAUGGUCGCACACGGCACGCUGCUGAAAGAGAAGAAAGAAAAGAACAUGGAACGCCUGAGAAUUCGCGAACGCCAAAGCGAAGAACACAGAGCCCGGAGCGCUCUCCAAGGCGAGAGCGCACCCCACAGAAACGGACGAGGAGCCCAGACCGUAGAAGUAGGAGGAUUGUUGUAGAAGAAGAAAACGAGUCGGAGAGCGAGAGCGAGCUGGAACCUAGAACGCCGCAGAAGAGGAGGGAGAAAAGCCCAGCACGGACCGCGCAGACUAGGAGGAGAAGUCCUGAGCGAAAGUCCAAGAAGUUUGUGGUGGAGGAGAAGCAUAAGAGUUACGAAUCUGACACCACAGCACGGAGCUCCAAUCCUCUUUCGAUUGAUUCACUUGCGAAGUUGGAUGCCCUUAACGAGAAGACUGGAGGUCAGGUCAAGGAAAGAGAAAAGAGAGACAGAGUAUGGAGCGAGAAGAAGACGGUCAAAGAGAAGGUAGUAACAGGACGAGUUGCCAAAGAGAAAGUUAAGCACAGGCGGAGAUCUGAUGGCACAUAUGGGAAGGUGGAACGGAGACGGGUGGUCAGUGGACCGCUGCUUGAAGAGGGAAGAUCUAAGCGGGCAAGAGGAGGGUUUGUGAGCGCAGAUGAGAGGAAAGGGAAAAGAAGAUUUGGAAAGAGAUGCUGGAUUGCUUUUGGAGUCGUAGUCCUUUUGCUUAUCAUUUUGAUACCCGUCGCCAUUGUGGUGAGCAAGAAGAAGUCUGCACCAAGUGGUGGGAGUGGUUCUUCGACCAGUGGGAGUGAUCCCAGCAACAGCAACUUGAAUGGAGUCAGUGAGAACGAUAUACCAACAGCGGCAAAGAACACAAUUCUGGACCCAUUUACGUGGUAUGAUACGACGAACUUCAAUGUCACAUAUACGAAUGACACGGUUGGAGGCUUGUCAAUCAUGGGGCUCAACUCGACGUGGAAUGAUACGACGCAAGCCAAUCAGUUCGUGCCAGCGCUGAACCAAGUGUGGGCCUAUGGAACAAUGCCCAUUCGAGGUGUGAAUCUUGGAGGCUGGCUAUCUAUUGAGCCAUUUAUCACUCCAAGUCUGUUCAAUACGUACCAGUCGAAUCAGAAUAUCGUUGACGAGUAUACUUUGUCGAACAUACUUGGACCGACCAAAGCCGCGCAGGUGAUUGAGAAGCAUUACUCGCAGUUCAUCACUGAGGAUGAUUUCGCGAGCAUCCAGGCGGCAGGGUUCGAUCAUGUGAGGAUUCCAUACUCUUACUGGGCAGUCACGACAUAUCCAGGGGAUCCAUAUGUUCCCAAGAUAAGCUGGCGGUAUCUACUCAGAGGCAUCGAGUACGCGAGGCAGUACGGGUUGAGAGUCAAUCUGGACUUGCACGCUCUUCCGGGCAGUCAGAACGGUUGGAAUCACAGCGGCCGUCAGGGUCCAAUUGGAUGGUUGAACGGCACCGAUGGUGCGCUGAAUGCGCAACGCUCGCUUGAUCUUCAUACGCAGCUAUCGACUUUCUUCGCCCAGCCGCGGUACCAGAACGUCAUUACUAUCUAUGGCCUCGUCAAUGAGCCGAAGAUGACUGCCCUCUCUCAGUCGGCAGUGGUCGACUGGACAGCGAGCGCUGCGCAGAUCGUCCGCAAGAGUGGCAUGAACCAGACAGUUGCUUUUGGCGACGGGUUUCUAGGAAUCGAGAAAUGGCAAGGACAGCUGCAGGGGAUCAGCGGAUUGGUUCUGGACGCACAUGAGUACACAAUCUUUGACGCUGGUCUGAUCGCUUUGAAUCAUACGGCGAAGGUGCAGUAUGCUUGUACUGGGUGGACGGGCCAGAUGAAAUUGAGCGAGGAUACCACUACUGGCUACGGACCCACCCUUUGCGGCGAAUGGUCCCAAGCCGACACCGACUGCACCACCUAUCUUAAUGACGUCAACGCCGGCACUCGCUGGGAAGGAACCCUGCAAUCUACCGACCGCACCGUCGCCGUCCUCUCGCCCGACUGCCCCUCCAAAUCCUCCUCCUGCUCCUGCUCCUCCGCCAACGCUAACCCAUCUUCCUACUCCAACACUUACAAAUCCUGGCUCAUGAUGAACGCGGAGGCGCAGAUGUCAAGUUUUGAAAGUGCCUGGGGGUGGUUUUAUUGGACGUGGACGACAGAAUCAGCAACGCAGUGGGAUUGGAAGGCGGGCAUGGCGAAUGGCAUUCUGCCAUCUAAGACGUGGAACAGAAAUUUCAAUUGUACGAGUGCGGUGCCGGAUUUUGCGGGGCAGGGAUUGAGUGAGAAUUAUUGA